AUGCCCAACAAAGCCCCCAGCACCCGGGUUUCUCAGGGGUUUGGGGGUUUUGGGGGAGUGUUUUGUUUUGGCGUGUUUGGGGGGGUUUGGGGUGAUUGGUGUUGUAAACUAAAUUUUAUGUUACAAUCAAUACUAUAGUCUAGUACAACCCAUAAAACAAUAUCGAAAGGGAGGUUACAUCCAUGAAAAGGGGAAAGGGGGAGGGCCGUUUUAAUCCUUGGUUUUUUUAGGCUCUGAGGGAGGGUUCAUAAAGGGGUUUGUGCCACAAACGUAAGGUAUUACAAUGGGUAAACCCGCAACAAAAAGGGGGUAACAUAAAGGGAAACCAGUGGAAAGAAGAAAACGGAAAGGGAAAGAAAAGGGGGAAAAGAAGAGAAGGGAAGUAAAUAGAAAGACAGGGGAAAGAGACGAAAAGGGCCCUAAACGAAAAAGAAAAACCCAAAAACCCAAAAAAAUUCCCCCACCCAUUCCCCUCCCCCCCCCUUCUCCUAAUAUCCUUUUUCUUUUCCUUCCCUUUUUUAUGUUUUUCGGCCUUCCCCCCCAAAAAAUUUUCCAGGGGCCCCCCAAACCCCCCCCUAAAGCCCAAAGCCCACCUCCCCCAAACCCUCCCCCUCCCCCUGCGCGGGACACUUUUUCAGGUAAAGGGGAAAUUUUGAAAAUGGGGAAAAAAGGGGGAAGGGCCCCAAACCCCCCCCGGGGAAAAAAAAAAAAAACCCAAAGGGAAACCCGGGCGGAGAGAGGGGAGGAGGAGGGAGGAGGACGAAAAAAGAAAAAAAGGAGAAAAGAAAAAGAGGGGGGAGAGAUAGAAGAAAAGGAGAGAGAGAGAAAAAAGAGAAAAAGGAGAGAGAAAAAAAAAAAAGCGGUUGAGUUUAGGAAAGUAAGGGGGAAAAAGAGGAAAAAAGGAGAGAGAGAAGGUGAGAGAGAGAGCAAAGAGAGAUCUUUUCUUCUUUUCUUGGGAAUCCCUUUUCUCUUCUCUCUUCUCUCCCCCUUUUUCCCCCCCUUUCUUCCUUUUUCUUCUUUUGGACCCCCCAAAAAGGGGACUUUUUUGGAAAACCACCCAAACAGUUCCUGAGGGCCGCCGGGAAAAACUGAGCAAUCGGGGGAGAAGGGCCUUGGUCAGGGAGGUAAACCUAGAACCCGAUGGUCACUCUGACAGAGCUCCAGAGUUCCUCUGUGGAGAUCGGAGAACCUUACAGAAGGACAACCAUCUCUGCAGCACUCCACCAAUCAGGUCUUUAUGGUAGUGGCCAGACGGAAGCCAUUCCUCAGUAAAAGGCACGUGACAGCCCGCUUGGAGUUUGCCAAAAGGCACCUAAAGGACUCUCAGACCACGAGAAACAAGAUUCUCUGGUCUGAUGAAACCAAGAUUGAACUCUUUGACCUGAAUGCCAAGCGUCAUGUCUGGAGGAAACCUGGCACCAUCCCUACGGUGAAGCAUGGUGGUGGCAGCAUCAUGCUGUGGGGAUGUUUUUCAGUGGCAGGGACUGGGAGACUAGUCAGGAUCGAGGGAAAGAUGAACAAAGCAAAGUCCAGAGAGAUCCUUGAUGAAAACCUUCUCCAGAGUGCUAAGGACCUCAGAUUGGGGCGAAGGUUCACCUUCCAACAGGACAACGACCCUAAGCACAUAGCCAAGACAACGCAGGAGUGGCUUUGGGACAAGUCUCUGAAUGUCCUUGAGUGGCCCAGCCAGAGCCCAGACUUGAACCUGAUCGAACAUCUCUGGAGAGACCUGAAAAUAGCUGUGCAGCGACGCUCCUCAUCCAACCUGACAGAGCUUGAGAGGAUCUGCAGAGAAGAAUGGGAGAAACUCCCCAAAUACAGUUUGCCAAGCUUAUAGCGUCAUACCCAAGAAGACUCGAGGCUGUAAUCGCUGCCAAAGGUCCUUCAACAAAGUACUGAGUAAAGGGUCUGAAUACUUAUGUAAAUGUGAUAUGUACGUUUUUUCCAUUAAAAACAAUAUGCAAAUUUCAAAACACCUGUUUUUGCUUUGUCAUUAUGGGGUAUUGUAUGUAGAUUGAUGAGGGGAAAAAACAUUUGAAUCAAUUUUAUAAUAAGGCUGUAACGUAACAAAAUGUGUAAAAAGUCAAGGGGUCUGAAUCCUUUACGAAUGCACUGUAUGACUCUCUCGCUCUCUCUCUGCAUUUGACUGUGUCUGUGUGACAGUAUAUAUCUGUGUGUGUGGCAGUAUAUACACUGCCGGUCAAAAGUUUUAGAACACCUACUCAUUCAAGGGUUUUUCUUUAUUUUUACUAUUUUCUACAUUGUAGAAUAAUUGUGAAGACAUCAAAACUAUGAAAUUGUCACGAUCGUUGAGAGACGGGUCAGACCAAGGUGCAGCGUGAAAAGCGUACAUGUUUAUUAACACAAUAAACAUACAACAAAACAAGAAACAACGUAACGUGAAGUCCUCCGGCUAUACACAGACAAGCCUAAACGGAACAAGAUCCCACAAUACACAGUAGGCAAUGGGCUACCUAAGUAUGAUCCCCAAUCAGAGACAACGAGCGACAGCUGUCUCUGAUUGGGAAUCACACCCGGCCAGACAUAGAAAUAGAAAAACCAGAACAUAAACAUAGAAUUUCGAACAUAGAUUUCCACACCCUGACUCAACAAACUAUAGUUCUAUAGGUCAGGGCGUGACAGUACCCCCCCCCCAAAGGUGCGGACUCCGGCCGCACAAACCUGACAUGACAGGGGCGUGACGACCUCUCCCUCUCUGCCUCCCUGUUGCACCCCUGAUCUGGUCUGGACCUCGGCGCGAUGCUUCUCCUCUCCUUCCUCCCACGAUGCACCAAGCCCUGUCUGGACCCUGGUGUGGGAGGCCCCGACCCUGGAGAGGGGCUGACUUCUGGGUCUGAAGUGGAGCCGCUGACCGGAGCUGAACUAGCCCCCGGUGGAGCGGACUGCUCUGGCUCCGGAGUGGAACCGCUGACCGGAGCUGGACUAGACCCCGGUGGAACGGAAUGCUCUGGCUCCAGAGUGGAGCCGCUGACAGGAGCUGGACUGGAAACCGGUGGAGCGGACUGCUCUGGCUCCGGAGUGGAGCAGCUGACCGGACCUGUAUCCAUCCCCAUCUCUGGAGCAGGACUAAAUGCCGUGCCCAGCCUGGGCACCGACGCAGAGGAAAAUUCCAGCCCUGUAGUAGGACUGGUUGCCGGCCCCAGACUGGGCACCGACACGCUAAAGUGCUCCCUGCAGGGGACCGUCGCUGGAGGUCGGGUGAGUUGUGUGGUUGGAGGAGGUGUAGAAACGCCACCUCUCUCCCAUCGCUCCAAUGUACUCACCACACGCUCCAUUGCGCUGCCGAGAGCCUGGAUCCUGCUCGCCUGCCGUUGGAUACGUUCCUCCAAAGAUCCGGACGGACCGACUGGACGUUAGGAAGUGCAGCUCAGUUUCCACCUAAUUUUGUGGGCAGUGUGCACAUAGCCCGUCUUCUCUUGAGAGCCAGUUCUGUCUACGGUGGUCUCUCUCAAUUGCAAGGCUAUGCUCACUGAGUUUGUACAUAGUCAAACAUUUCCUUAAUUUUGGGUCAGUCACAGUGGUCAGGUAUUCUGCCACUGUGUACUCUCUGUUUAGGGCCAAAUAGCAUUCCAGUUUGAUCUGAGUUUCUUUUGUAAAUUCUUUCCAAUUUGUCAAGUAAUUCUCUUUUUGUUUUCUCAUGAUUUGGUUGGGUCUAAUUCUCUCUCCCUCUCCAAACACCAACCAUAAAUCACACAAUUAAAUGCCACAGCAUUUAGACACUUUUCAUAGAUUACAGCAAUAAGUAAAGGGAGAAGCGAGGACCCGUUCAACAAUAUGAUUUCAGGACAGUAGCGCCAUCUGGCGGUGAGGUGAAAUACCAGCGCAUCUUCUUCGGAAGUGCGUGCGUAAUCGUUUGGCUUGUCCCGGUGAUUGAUGGGAAUUGUAGUCAUAGAAUCUCCAGUAUUUCCUGGAAAGGAGACAAGGAAAAGUCACAAGAAGUUCUUGCUCGCCUCUAAAAAGUUGUUUACUGGACUUCAUUUACAGUCUAAAGCGAGAGAAGGUGAAAAGAAAAACAGAGUAAGUACCAUGUUUUUACCAGGGUUUUUGAAAACUGAGUGAAAUCUCCGAGACGGAGGAAAAAAUAUGUUUGACUCACCUGUCAAACAAAUGUUAGCUAGCUGCUAGCUAGCUAGGUUAGCCAACUUGCAAGCUAUUUUUUCCUAACAAUGGGGCAUUUGUAGCUAAUACCGGGUUUUAGUGAUCAAAUCUCAGUUUUUAUUAGCUAGUUUCACAGUUGUUUACUAGUUUUAUUUCUUGACUGGUUGUUGGCAGUUACCUGUCAAACAACCAUUCCUUUGUUAUGCUUGCAAAGCCAAAUAGCAAUAUGGAAAUCUGGCAAUAUAAUGUUAUCUUUUCCACAGCAAUACCAUGAUGAUAGCUGCUCCACAAUGUUCUGUCUGAUAGAGCAGUGGUUGUUGGGAGAACGUGGGGAAAUUAGUCACGUCGAAUUGUUGACAAUCCUUAAGAUAAUUAUUUAUGAAUGACCAUCAUAAUAACCUCCUCUCCCCGUUCUAUUCCCCUUCUCGCCUCUCCCUUUCUUCUCUUCUCUCCAUCUCUCUCUUCUCUCCAUCUCCUCUCCUCUUCUCCAGAUGUCUCUGAUGGAGCACGGUGGUGUUGCCCCCAUCAGGCCGGUGACGGCAGUGGCCUGGGCCUCCAACAGCAGCACCUGUCCCAAAGACUUCAACCUGGUAGGGAGUGAGGAGGAGGGAGGGAGUCGGGGAGGAGGAGGAGUCGGGGGGGGGGGAGGGGAGGGAGUCGGGGGGAGGAGGGAGGGAGUCGGGGGGAGUCGGGGAGGAGGGGGGGAGUUCGUGGGAGUGAGGUGGGGGAGGAGGGAGGGAGUCGGGGAGGAGGGAAAGGGGAGUCGGGGAGGGGGGGGAGUGGGGGGGCGGGAGGGGAGUCGGGGAGGACGGGAGGGAGGAGUCGGGAGGAGGGGGGGAGGAGGGGGGAGGAGGGAGGGAGUCGGGGAGGAGGGAGGGGAG